GAAUAAUUUAUGCAAGUGUCUGUCAGUGCUGGUGGAGCGGGGUUAGUAGGAGUGGCUGAGGCGCUGGCAGCCCUGCUUUGCAUGAAUCGUGGACUCCAAGUUAGUGGCUGCAGCUCAGAUAUUUCCUGUCAGCAGCGCAGACAGAGAGCCGAGCCGAGGCGAGGGCGGAGGAGACGAGGAGAGAGGGAUGGCAGAGAACAGCUCCGAGACGAGCAGCUCCGCUCACCGGAGAUGUUUGGCCCAUUUACCGGCGGAGAGAAACAUUUCAGCCGGCGUCGGGGCGUCGAAAUGGAUUCGACUAAACGUCGGCGGGACGUAUUUUUUAACAACAAGACAGACGCUGUGUCGGGAUCCCAAAUCAUUUCUGUACAGACUGAGCCAAGCUGACCCCGAGCUCGACUCCGACAAGGAUGAAACUGGUGCCUAUCUCAUAGACAGAGACCCCACAUACUUCGGGCCAGUGCUUAACUACUUGAGGCAUGGCAAACUGGUGCUCAACAGGGACCUGGCAGAGGAAGGUGUGCUAGAAGAAGCUGAAUUCUACAACAUUACAUCCUUAAUAAAGCUCAUCAAGGACAAGAUCAGGGAGCGCGACUGUAAAACAUCACAGGUUCCUGUGAAGCAUGUGUACCGGGUGCUGCAGUGCCAGGAGGAGGAGCUGACACAGAUGGUUUCUACCAUGUCUGACGGCUGGAAGUUCGAACAGCUUGUCAGUAUAGGUUACGGGCGGGCCCACCAGUCAGAGUUUCUGCUGAUUGUGUCAAGGGAGGUGAAGGGAGAGGAGUCUGCUUUGCCAAACAACAGCGGAGAGCUGGUCAGCAUAGGCUCCUCUUACAACUACGGAAACGAGGACCAAGCAGAGUUCCUGUGCGUAGUCUCAAAGGAGCUGCACAAUCAAUCAUACGGGACAAACAGUGAGCCCAGUGAGAAGGCUAAGAUUCUUCAGGAAAGGGGUUCCAGGAUGUGAAGAGGAGGACUCAGUAUUAUGAGCUCCAGGUGUUAUGAUGCAAACAUAUCAUCUUUGUGGAAGAACGUUUGGCACAAUGGAGAUUUAAAGGGGAGGGGCGUGCAUUUAUUUUGUGUUUUCCCUCCGUUUUUGUUUUUAUUUCUUGAUGUAUAUAGGUCUGUUUAUUGACAAUUUGUGCCUGUACAUUUAAACUGGACUUUUUUUUUCUUUUUUUUUUUGAAUUAGCGGCAAGUUAUUUUCUAAUUGAACAUAAGGAAUUGCAAUCUACAUGUGUUAUAUGCUAUAAAAUAUGGCCAUCAUCAUAUAAGGCCAAUGAUUCACUCAGGGUCAUCUAUCAAGUUAAUUCUUAUAUCCUCCAACUCAAGGGUCUGCUAAGGGAUCAGUGUGGUCUUUAUAAGUCAAAAGUAUCAAAUUCAAAAUCAUUGUUUAGAGGUGUUAAGAAGGGAAUUGUACAUUUAUUUAGCACAUGUUAAAGAGUUAGGCUAUUAAAUGUGAAAUUCACCCCAAAAACAAAUCGAUGACAUUAUUUUUAUUUUAUUUUUUUUUUCCAACCAGUUACACUGAGAUUUGUGAUCAUGAGGAUCCCAGCUAGACAACAACACACAUUUUCAGACACUUUUGAAACACUUUUUUUUUUUUUCUCAACUAUUCACAAAGAAAGAACAAUCGCAGACUGGGUUGAAAAUGGCGUGAACAAAAAUGUCAGUUGUUUAAUACUGUAAGUAAAGGGGCAUUAGGUAAUUUAUCACUUACAAGGCCUUUUUAUUAGUGUUGAGGUUGAAGUGACCUGUAAUGAACAAAAACAUCAAAGUCCCAUUUUCACAUAGACUAAAUAAGUUAACUGUAGUGAUACAGCAGAAAUGCCACGAUGCAGGAGACGUUUUAUGUUUUGCUUUCUUGGCUUGAAGUAAAUGUGUUGCUAGUGUAGCUGCUUGUGGCACCAUGUAGUCUAUCUUGUAACCUUAGUAACGCAUUAACCCACAGAUACAGCCACUGUGUGCUCUGGGAUUAAGCGAUUUAUUAUAUUUUUCAGGAAGUCCACUCACCUGUUUUAUAAGAAAGAAACUUUAAAGUAUUGGACGCACCUUUAACACCACACGCUCAUCAAAACUGUUGCAAGCUGAGUUCUGCUGCUUCUACACACGUGGACUUGUAGUAGUGUGAAGAAGUGUUUAAAAAAAAAAAAAAUGUGCUCUCUAAAUGUUGAAAUGUUUAAGUUUAUAUCAAGUUUAAUCUGAUAUUUUGUUUUUCUGAAUUUAGUUUGAGACCUCAUGUUCAUAAGUCUAAAGUGAACUGCCAAAAUAGUCAAAGAUGUUUUCAAAUGUGAAUUCUGUUUUAGAGUAAUGAUAUUUUUAAAAACAUCCGUGUCCUCCAACGGUUUCCUGUCAGGAAAAACAUCCUCGAGACAGUGGCGUCUUUAUUUUUUUUCCCACUGACUUUCUGAAUUUUGCUUAACUGGUUUAUUUUGUAUGCUUGAGGGAACAUCUUGUUUGAUUAAGAUCUUUUUUUUUUUGAGGGACUGGAACUGUUUGAAGGCAGUGGUGAAGGACUUUGUGUUCAUAUCCAGAGGAUUUUUUUUUGUUUGUUUGUUUUGAUGUAAAUAAUCCAAAUUCAAUAUUAAUAUUUAACUCUUAAAAACAAAAACUGCACGUUUUGUACACUGUAUAGAAAAACACAGCUUCGAAUGGAAGUUGUUUAUACUGGAUCUUUAAAAAAACGAGAAUAUCUUGACAAUGUUAACUUCUGUUUUGCAUUGUUUGUACAGGACUGAAUUUCUGAGUUAGGAUUGAAACAGCUGAUGCUGAAAUACGGUGUCUUUCACUGAGAACAUGCCUGGAACAUGUUUUGAUAACCAAUAACAAAGCUAUACUUGGCUGGCUAUGAAGUUGACUGUUACAUUUAAAACAAAAAAACAACAAAAAAACAAAUGUAUUUUUUUCUUGCAUUGUGAUAGAUUCUUCUAAGCAUUUUGAAUUGUGUAGAUUUCGUACACAGCGUUACAAGCACUACAGUGGAAAACAACACUGUGCACAUUGCUUACAAGCCUGUAAUGUUGUUAAUGUAAAUACUGCAUUUUAGAACACUUUUUUUUAUUUUAUAGAAAGUUGUUUUCAGGUUUGAUGUGUGGUUUUGAUAGGUUGGAUAUUUCAUUCACAAAUAAUCAUUUAGUGUUGCCUUUUUUCCCAAUGACCAAAAUCCAAUGUCUUAUGUGUAUUGCACACUUUAAUCUUAGUGUCAGGGAUGAGUAAACUUUUCUUAAUGCUGGCACACUUUGUACAUAUAGACUUGUUAACGACACACAAACCUCCAUUUACUCACAUGUACACGUAUACACUUGACUAAAACCGUUUUUAUAUUGUCGGGGAAACAAGUAUGGAUGCAUGUUUUUUUGAUAUAGAUAUACACACAAAACACACACACACACAAGGGCUUUUAAAAGUGCAAAAUCUGACAUCUGCAAAGAGGUUAAAUCAAAGUAGACUGGAUUUCCUGCCAGAGCUAGGCUAUGUUUACAUUUGCUAUAGUAUUCUGAAGCCUUCCAAUUAUGUACUGUCUUGCACUCCCUCACACAUGUUAACAUUCAUCCGACUUGUGUGACCGCACCAAGGGCAACUAGCACUCCCCACAUGAACUGAUAUUCACACGGACAUGCUGACUGAUGAGACACUCCAUCCGUUUUCUGACAGCCUAUGCUUGAGCACUGCAGACAAUCUUGCUUUCCCCGCUUUCUCUGGUGGCAGAGACGCUAACUUUUAAUAGGAUGAAACUUACCUGUGUUGGUUCAGAGCAAAGGUUUAUUUUGGGUCUUCUUUUAAGACUUUCUCAUGUUCUGCAAUGAGAUUUAACAUGUUUUUGUGUUUUUGAUUUGCUUGGUUCGGGUUGUAACCUCAUUUGAUAUACUCUGAUCUGUGGCGUUUAACCUCUCUACUUAUAGCAGCUACAUUACCUUUAAUUCCCUUCACAAAUAGGUCGUCUGGUUGAGCAUUUUGGCAUCGAUAAUCAUUUCAUGUGAUGGACAAACUUAUCAAAUCUGUAGCCUAAUACUUAUAAGUGCCCAGUUUGUUUUGCAUUCAAGUCAUAAGCCACAGACCACUGUAAUGCAUGACUGAAUAUGAUCACACUUGUAAUCAAAGAGAAUGAAUGUGUCAUUUCUUUUUUUCCUCAAUCUAGCAAUUGCAUCAAACAAAUAAGGUUCUCAUAUCACUACAUAGAUCACUUCUAUAUGAUCUUAUGCAAUGUUAAAAAUAUACAAACUUAAGUAUGAGGUUAAGGGGAUCUAUAUGGUCUUGCAUAUGGUAAACCCAAUAAAAAUGUCAUUCACGUG